GGGCAGGACUUCCUUGCUGGUUGCUAAGACACUCUUGUUUCGCUCCUUGACAACCCUGGCGGGGGUGCGCUGGCUGCGGCCCCGGCUCCGGCCCCCGCGGGAGCAGCACCCCCCGGGGAAAGACAUUUUCUGCUCCCACCAAGUUGGCAGGGCCUGCUUCCUGACUCUCCUGGGUGUGUCUUAAUUUCCAGUCCCAUCACCUCCUGAGAGCCCCACUCUCUCCUCCAGUGGUCACAGUGGAAGGAUCAUGGGAGAAACAGAAGGGAAGAAAGAUGAGGCUGAUUAUAAGCGACUGCAGACCUUCCCUCUGGUCAGGCACUCGGACAUGCCAGAGGAGAUGCGCGUGGAGACCAUGGAGCUAUGUGUCACAGCCUGUGAGAAAUUCUCCAACAACAAUGAGAGCGCCGCCAAGAUGAUCAAAGAGACAAUGGACAAGAAGUUCGGCUCCUCCUGGCACGUGGUGAUCGGCGAGGGCUUUGGGUUUGAGAUCACCCACGAGGUGAAGAACCUCCUCUACCUGUACUUCGGGGGUACCCUGGCUGUGUGCGUCUGGAAGUGCUCCUGACACUCUGUCCCCUGCCCCGUCCCCUGCAGGGCCUUUUCCUGCCACUCAUCUUGGGUGGGGAGCAGCCCUAGGCGGGUCCUGGUUUUUCCAAGGAGAGUUGGGGUCUUUUCUUUUUGUCCUUGUGUACCAGUUUCCUGAGCCUCGCCCAGUGUGUGAACUUGACAUCUCCAUCCCCAGGCUCUCAGCCGUCUCCCUCGGAGUCUCAGGGUGUGGACGGGGCAGCAGGCAUGGGUCUGUGUGGGAAACGUGGGGUGGGGCGGUGUGACAGGGUAGAGGAGGUGGGAGAUGAGAUUUUCCACACAGGAACGUGCCAGUCCCCAUUUCUCGAGGGCUGCUUUCCCCUUGCAUCCUGGGAGCCCCUGGCCCUGCCAUCCCCAGUACUGCCGGGAAGUGUCGGCCGUCCUUAUCAUUAAUGGCCACAUGAAAAUGGCCCCAAGAAGGAGACGAUUCUUUCAAGGGACACAGGCAGCUUCUCUCCUUGUCCUCUGGGGAGGUGCUGACCUACCGCAGAAACCCCUUCCCCAAACUUGACCCCGGGCUGAACAGACCACUGCAUCUCACUGGGCCAGCAGCCCCCCAGCCCCCAGCCUUGGUAGGGACCAAGCAGCCUUUCCCGUCCCCUCCUCGACCCCUGCAGUUGAGAGCCAGGGGCUGGUGUGUGGGAGCUGCUACCUGGCAGUUUCUCAAGGGGUCACCAAGCCUCUGGUGGGACACCUGGGCAGGAGUGCUCUCACCACCAGGCUGCUUCCGCAGGGCACCCUGGCCUGCCCGUGACUUCGCAUCAGGGACCGCAUGCUGAUUUGUACUGCUCUCUGCUGGGUUUUCUAUGUUCUUUUUGAGUGUGGGAGAAGGGUUUUAGUAGAAGGGUGAAUCGUAUUUUACACAGCGGUCUUAUUUAUAUAAAUGUCUUGGUUUUUACAAUUAAAAUUACCAAAAGCUGA